AUGCAGAGGGGAGAUCGAGCCCAGCGCAAUGGAAAGAGCAAGCGCCCAGCGAAGAUGAGAGAGCAACAGCCCAGCGCAGAGAGCAAGAGCCCAGCGCAGAUGAAAGAGCAAGAGCCCAGCACAGAGGAGCGACGCAGAGGGGAGAGCAAGAGCCGAGCGCAGAAGGAAGAGCAAGAGCCGAGUGCAGAGGGAAGAGCAAGAGCCCAGCGCAGA